AAUCAUAACCGUUGCUUUGACAUUAGAAAAAAGUGAUUAAUGCAUGCCUCCUCUUUUUAAGAGAUCUUUCUCGUCUCACGGAGUCUUGAAGCUUCUCUGUUUUUCUCUGCUCAGAAUCUUUCAACCUGUGAUUUCUAAGAUAUAAAAAUGGCGAAUGUUCCAAAGAUAGGGAAGGCUGUGUACCAGGGACCAAGCAUAGUCAAAGAGAUAAUCUAUGGAAUAGCACUAGGACUUGCGGCUGGAGGGUUGUGGAAGAUGCAUCAUUGGAACAACCAAAGGCGAACGAGGGAGUUUUACGAUUUGCUAGAGAAGGGGGAGAUCAGUGUUGUCGUUGCAGAUGAGUAGCAUUCGGACCGCAUAUAUUUUUCUUAUAAGAGUUCAAGAUCAAGAACCAAAAGGAAUGUGUUGUGUGUUGUGUGUUUUAUUGUUCUUUCAAUAAAUGUUGUGAAACAAUGGAAACUUUAGAUCGAUGUUUGGAAAUGUGAAAGGUUAGUGUUUUUGUUGUUGAAUGUAUCCUUAUGAGUAUGAGUUGAGUUUGCGAAAUCUAUACUCGUACAA